GCCAAUUACAAUGGCUUCCAAGUCCCUCGAAAUCGAGCCCGCACAGAGAGGCAUCGACGACGACGACGACAACGUGUCGCCGAUCGAGGAAGUACGACUGACCGUUUCGAACGAAGACGACCCGAGCCUUCCAGUAUGGACGUUUCGAAUGUGGUUUCUGGGGCUACUAUCGUGUGUGCUGCUGUCGUUUCUGAACACUUUCUUUCAGUACAGGACGGAACCGCUCGUGAUAUCGAUGAUUUCGGUCCAGGUUGGGACGCUGCCGAUCGGACGGUUCAUGGCUAAUGUGCUUCCGACGACGACUUUUCGGAUUCCGGGGUUUGGGGAGAGGGAGUUUUCGCUGAAUCCGGGACCGUUCAAUAUGAAAGAGCACGUGCUGAUUUCGAUAUUCGCUAAUGCAGGUUCGGCGUUCGGGAGUGGAGCCGCUUAUGCCAUUAGUAUUGUGGAUAUUAUCAGGGCAUUUUAUCGUAGGAAAAUCUCAUUUUUGGCUAGUUGGAUCCUUGUCAUUACUACACAGGUAUUGGGGUAUGGGUGGGCUGGAAUACUGAGGAAGUACUUGGUGGAUCCUGCGCAAAUGUGGUGGCCUAGUAGUCUGGUUCAGGUCUCCUUGUUUAGGGCUAUGCAUGAGGAAGACAACCGCCGCAUGUCACGAGGGAAAUUCUUCUUGAUUGCAUUGAUAUGCAGCUUCUCCUGGUACCUGAUCCCGGGCUACCUUUUUCCAUUGUUGUCAACCAUUUCAUGGGUAUGUUGGGCAUUUCCCAAGUCAUUAACAGCCCAUCAGAUUGGUUCAGGCGUGCAAGGACUCGGUCUUGGAUCAUUUUCCCUUGAUUGGUCAGUCAUAGCCUCAUACCUGGGCAGCCCUCUUAUCAGCCCCUUCUUUGCUAUUGUCAAUGUUGCUGUAGGCUAUGUCUUACUCUUGUAUGUGUUAAUUCCAAUAGCCUACUGGGGAGUAAACCUGUAUGACGCCAAGAAUUUUCCAAUCUUCUCCUCACAUUUAUACAAUGCCCACGGAAAUACUUAUAAUGUAUCAGCCAUUGUGAAUGACAAGUUCGAGCUGGACUUGCCAACAUAUGAAAAGCAGGGACGCAUAUAUCUCAGUGUAUUUUUUGCUCUCUCAUACGGUAUUGGUUUUGCUGGUAUCAUAUCUACCCUCACUCAUGUGGCACUUUUUAAUGGGAGGGAUAUUUAUGCGCAAUUCCGAGCUUCAUAUAGCACUGGAAAACAAGAUAUUCACACAAGAUUGAUGAGGAAGUACAAGGACAUACCUAGCUGGUGGUUCUACGUGAUGCUUGUGGUAUCCUUAAUACUCGCUCUUAUAUUGUGCAUUUUUAUGAUCGAUGAGAUCCAAAUGCCAUGGUGGGGACUCAUCCUUGCAGCUGGACUUGCUGUAACUUUCACUCUUCCAGUCAGUGUCAUAACCGCCACAACCAAUCAGUCACCAGGACUAAACAUCAUCACAGAAUACAUCAUGGGUGUCCUAUUGCCAGGUAGACCAAUAGCCAAUGUCUGCUUCAAGACCUUUGGGUAUAUAAGCAUGUCACAGGCUAUUUCCUUUCUGAGUGAUUUCAAGUUAGGCCAUUACAUGAAGAUUCCACCUCGAUCCAUGUUCAUUGUUCAGUUCAUAGGAACUAUAAUAGCUGGAACAGUGAAUCUUGGAGUGGCAUGGUGGCUGUUGAAUACCAUUGAGAACAUAUGCCAGGAUGAACUACUACCUCCCAACAGUCCUUGGACAUGCCCGGGUGACCGCGUCUUCUUCGAUGCAUCUGUCAUAUGGGGUUUGGUUGGACCAAGACGAAUUUUUGGCAGGCUUGGUAACUACCCAGCACUCAACUGGUUCUUCCUUGGAGGUGCAGUUGGACCUGUAAUUGUAUGGCUGAUGCAGAAAGCUUUUCCCAACCAGGAAUGGAUUUCACUAAUUAACCUUCCAGUACUUCUUGGAGCUACAGCAGCAAUGCCACCUGCUACAAGUGUGAACUUCAAUUGCUGGAUUGUGGUUGGAACAAUAUUCAAUUACUUUGUUUUUAAGUAUAGAAAGAAUUGGUGGCAAAGGUACAAUUAUGUUCUUUCAGCAGCAUUGGAUGCAGGGUUGGCUUUCAUGGGGGUGGUUCUCUACUUCACGCUUACCAUGGAGGACAUAAGCCUAUCCUGGUGGGGUUCUGAUGGUGGUGAACGCUGUGAACUGGCCACAUGUCCAACUGCUAAGGGAAUAGUUGUUGAUGGCUGCCCUGUUUUUUAGUUCUCAUUUCAGUUUGCAAUUUAGUUUCGUAAUCCAUUUUCCACUUUCUACCAAAGUACUUCAGCAGUUUCGUUUCAAUUUCAUAACAUCAUUGGAAAAAGGGUCUGUUUUUUGUAAAUAUUAAGGCUUUGAUAAAUUGAUAGUUGGUUAAAUGUCAAAUUAAUUAAAGUGAAGUCUCUUUAGUAUGUUUGUGAUUUUAGUUGAAUAUUUAAUAACA